CUUGCCCCCCUUGCCCGCCGCUGCCGCCGAGGCCGCGGAGCCGGUGCGGAGCGCACGAUGGAGGCGCCGCCGGUGACCAUGAUGCCCGUCACGGGCGGCACCAUCAACAUGAUGGAGUACCUGCUCCAAGGGAGCGUGCUGGACCAGAGCCUGGAGAGCCUCCUGCACCGCCUGCGCGGGCUGUGCGACAACAUGGAGCCCGAGACCUUCCUGGACCACGAGAUGGUGUUCCUGCUGAAGGGGCAGCAGGCCAGCCCCUUCGUGCUGCGCGCCCGGCGCUCCAUGGACAAGAGCGGGAUGCCCUGGCACCUGCGCUACCUGGGACAGCCCGAAAUCGGCGACAAGAACCGCCACGCGCUGGUGCGCAACUGCGUGGACAUCGCCACGUCCGACAACCUGACGGAUUUCCUGGUAGAGAUGGGCUUCCGCAUGGACCACGAGUUCGUGGCCAAAGGGCACGUGUUCCGCAAGGGCAUAAUGAAAAUCGUGGUGUACAAGAUCUUCCGCAUACUGAUGCCAGGAAACACGGAGAGCAUUGAGCCGCUCUCCCUCUCCUACUUGGUGGAGCUCAAUGUAGUCGCGCCAGCAGGGCAGGACAUUGUUUCUGAUGACAUGAGGAACUUUGCUGAGCAGCUGAAGCCUCUAGUACACCUGGAGAAAAUUGACCCCAAAAGACUGAUGUGAUUGAAAGUCUGGGUCAUUAAGGCACUGCUUUUGUGUUUCAGAAAAGGAUGUUUUUCUAAAAAGCUUUUUUGUGAGCAAAUCAAAACAGGGAGAAGGGAAUAAGGUACUAUGUAUCAGUUUUGGCAGUUG